AAAACGCGGAGCUUCGCAGAGCCGUUGACGAGCCACGAAAUCUUGGCGCGGCACAACGCCAUGCCAACUUGCAGUACACUAGCGCGCUAUGCAGGCGAAGCAGGUGGCGCUUUGGAUGCUCCUCGUCUCCGCGAAUGCGCAGCUGAGGACUUCUACCACUUGCAGCAUCCCCUGCAAGCCUGGCGAAUUCAAAGCAGAUCCCUUGGUAGUUCUUUGCGGAGGCGGUCGAUGCACCGCAGAGGUGACGCUCGGGAAGGGAAAGGAUCGCACCAUGAUCACCCUGCCCGUCGGCACCAAAGGUGUUGAGCUGAAAAUCGAUGCUGAUGAUGACAUGGACAUCGAGUUGCAGGAUGCGAGCGACGGGCACUGCAUCGCGGGAGCCCGAUGCACUGGCGCGUCCUUUGAGGCCGUGGAAGGCUGUGCAAAUCCCACUGACUACUGCCUGCAGUACGAGGGCAUGAGCUGGUACUUCACCGGGGACCGGCAGGAGGCCCCUGUGGUGGAGGAGCUCAAGACCCAAGGCAACGUGACACGGCAGCUGAAUGUGCUGGUGAAGGCCUCAAGCGCCUCAAAGGCUCAGGUCUCUGCCACCAACGGCGCCUUCGACGCUUGCCCCGAGCAGCUCCCGGGAUGCUUGAACUGCAGCGAGUACACUGGCUGCGGUAUCCUGGAGCAGCCGGUCUGUGACGGCAGCGCGGACGUCUUCUGCCUGGGACCCACUUCCACGCUGAGCACUACCACCACCACCAGCCGUACCACUACAUCCGUCACCAGCACGUCGUUGACCAGCACCACCGUGACAAUUACCAGCACAAUUACCAUCACCUCGACUACCACCUCCCUGACGACGCAGACCACCACCAGCUCAACUCAUACCUGGACCAGCACCACCAGCCAAACAACUACCAGCCGGACCUCAACCUCCUUGACCUUCACUAGCACAUCGCUUACAACUACCAGGACCUCGGUUACGUUAACAUCCACCACUCUCACCGGGACAAGUACGUCAGCCACGACGACGCUGACCUCGGUGACUUUGAGCAGCACCACCACGGUAGCGACCACCAGCACCGGCACCGGCACCACACAGACCCGCACCAGCCUCACCACCUCGAGUUCCACGGGCACUAGCACGUCCAUCACCAGCAGUAGCACUUGGACCUCCACCUGGACCAGCACUUCCGUUACCCAAACCACGUCCGUUUCCUCAACCUCCAGCAGUUCCACUAGCAGCAACACCGAGACCUCCACCCUGACCAAAACUGGAACGCAGACCUCGGUGACGGCAAGCUCUACCACCACCAGCACCGUCACCAUCACCAACACGCACACCAUGACCACCUCUUGGACCACCACCACCAGCGGCACCACAACGGACACCAACACCUUCACGCUGACCUCCACAUCCACGUCCAGCACAACCAGCGUGACCAGAACCACCAGCAGCAGCGAGACUUCCACCACUCAGAGCUCGGUCACCAGCACCAGCAAGACCAGCAGCAGCACAGACACCUUCACCACGCAAACCACCACCAGUCGAACAAGCACCACGCAGUCUACCACCAGCACCAGCUUGACCACCAGCAUCACCACCACGACCAUCACCACUACGACCAUCAGCACUACGACCAUCACCACUACGACCAUCACCAGCACCUCUGUGACAAGCACCACCACCUGCGGGUGCUGUGACUAUUGCGGCUCCUGGUGGUCCCAGACCUCACCAGACAUCAAUCUUGAGGAGUGCCAGCAAAAUGUCACCAUCCUGGAAGGCACCCUGGCCGGGCUCUACACGCAGCUUCAGAGCUGUGGCGCAGGCCCGGUAGAGGACUCCAAUGGUGCGGUGUGGGUCUUGCUGGUUUUCUUCAUCCUGGCCCUGCUGGCGCUCAUCUUGCUGCUUCUGCUUUGUCUGCGUGAGCGCAGAGAUCGGCGCAUCAGCAAGGCGGAGCUCUUGCGCUGCAAGGAGGAGCUGAAGUAUUGGACCACUCACGCGGGCCAGAUGCAGGACAGCGACGCCGAGUGGAAGCUGCAGAAGAAAGUCAAGAAGAUGCAGACCGAUCUAGAGAAAGCGCGCUGGGAGUUGGCGCAGCAGGGUGGCCUGAAGAUGGAGAAGGCACGACUGGAGGAACAGCUGGAGAAGGAGAAGGAGGAGGCUAAGCAGGGCCGCGACCUUUGGAAGCUGAACCGAGCCUUGUACCACAUCCUUCGGCAGGUUGUUACGGACUCCCGGGAUUUCGCAAAGGAGGUCCGGGAUGACGCGGAGCAGUUCGAGGCCUCCGGUUUCAAGCAGAGGCUGCAGCACUUCGAGACGAAGCUGGCCAUCACCGCGGGCCGGCGCGACGCCGCGGAGGCGCAGAUGCAGCAGAUGCAGGGCAUUCAGGGCACUCUCACGUUGACCUCAGAUGUGGAGGUUGAGGUGCAUACACCCAUGCCAAGCCCCGACAACGGCAGCGGAGGCGUGCCCAGUGCCUCUCCAAGGGCCCCAAGCGCAGCACCAAGCGGUGCAGCGAGCGCGGCACCAAGCGCCGCGGCCAGCGCGGCACCGAGCGCCGCGGCCAGCGUGGCGCCAAGCGCCGCCGCGAGCGCGGCACCGAGCGCGGCCGCGAGCGUGGCUCCGAGUGCAGCAGCAAGCGCCUCUGUGCGCAAAGUGGCUACUUCGCUCAGCGCGGGACCUGCCUCACCCGUUUCCUUAGCGCAGCACCCCACUGAGACGUCCCUGACACCGCUGCGGCAGGAGCCACCGGUUUCGGCCCGCUCGGUGAUGCCCAUGGAGCCCACGGCAUCGGAGUCGUCCUUCCAGCCGCAGCCGCGGACAGACAUCGAGCAGCGCUUGGCGCAAAGGUUGGAAGUCACCCCCGCCAGCCUUAGGCAGAUCGGCGUGAAGGCAAAGAACAGCCGGGUGGACUUGAGCAGAGUCCUGACUCGGCGGCUGGAUGACACCGAGGAAGCGUGGGGAUAGCUGUGGGCAUCGAGGCACGCUGUGCUCGGGCGCCGGCCGAGUGAGGCCGAGUGAGAGGAGCCUUUGAAUGCCAGCGAGGGUACGUUUUUCCCCCGAAGUGGGCUUGGCCUACCGAGUGGACCCCAUCCGGGAGGUUGGUCUGUCGGCU